GCUCGUCGCCCGCUAGGCUUCUCCCCGUUGAUUCGGCCGCGUAAACUCGAUCAAGCUGGAAUUGAUGGAGUUGGAGAAUAUCGUGGCGAACACUGUGUACCUCAAAGCGAGAGAAGGCGGUGGUGACAGCAACAAGGGUAAGAGUAAAAAAUGGCGGAAGAUACUCCAGUUCCCACACAUCUCCCAGUGCAUCGGCCUAAAAGAUAAGCUGGACAUCAGGUACAGUUAUGUGGUGGAUCAACAGCCGAUCGGUCGGCUGUUGUUCAGGCAGUUCUGCCAGGACAAGAAGCCAGCUUACCAUCGGUACAACCUCUUCCUGGACGCCAUUGAGAAGUAUGAGAUCGAGAUGGAUGAGAAUCGGACCGAGCUGGCGAAGGACCUGUUCGAGCAAUACUUGAAGAGAGAGGGCUCGGAGGUCGUCGACAUCCUAAAAGAUUCUUUGAUCGCCCAGUGUGAGCAGAGGCUCAGCACUGGUGGCAAGGAGCUCUUUGUGGAGAUCGCGCAGACCGUGAAAAACUUCCUGGCCGGUGAACCUUUUUCAGCUUUUCAAACCAGCUUUUACUUCUACAGGUAUCUCCAGUGGAAGUGGUUGGAGGCCCAGCCAGUCACGUACAAGACCUUCCGUAUGUACAGAGUGCUAGGAAAGGGUGGGUUUGGCGAAGUGUGCGCUUGUCAGGUACGAGCAACAGGCAAAAUGUACGCCUGCAAGAAAUUGGAGAAGAAACGUAUCAAGAAACGUAAGGGGGAGGCCAUGGUUCUCAUAGAAAAGAAUAUCUUGCAGAAAAUCAACUCUAAAUUCGUCGUAUCCCUGGCAUACGCCUAUGAGACCAAGGACGCGUUAUGUCUAGUGCUGACCAUUAUGAACGGCGGGGAUUUGAAGUUCCACAUUUAUAAUAUGGGCGGAGAGCCUGGUUUCGACAUCAACAGGGCCAGGUUCUAUGCAGCCGAGGUAGUCUGUGGCUUGGAGCACUUGCAUUUACAAGGGAUAGUCUACAGGGACUGUAAACCGGAGAAUAUUCUGCUGGAUGAUCAUGGACAUGUGAGAAUAUCUGAUCUUGGUCUGGCUGUGGAGAUCACAGAGGGCGAUAUGGUAACAGGAAGGGUAGGAACAGUUGGAUAUAUGGCCCCAGAAGUGAUCGAUAACGAGAAAUAUACAUUUUCUCCGGACUGGUUUAGUUUUGGGUGCCUUUUGUACGAGAUGAUAGAAGGGCAAGCUCCGUUUCGUGCCAGGAAGGAGAAGGUGAAGCGAGAGGAGGUAGAUAGGAGAGUGAAGGAGGAUCAGGAAAGGUAUUCCACCAAGUUCACCGAGGAGGCGAAAGGUUUGUGCCAGCAAUUAUUGAAGAAGAGUCCGAAGAACAGAUUGGGUUGCAGGUGUGGCAGACACGGCGCUAAGGAAGUAAAGUUACACAGCUUUUUUCAGUGCUUAAACUGGAAGAGGGUCGAGGCCGGUAUGUGGGAACCGCCGUUUGUACCGGAUCCUCAUGCAGUGUACGCUAAGGAUGUGUUAGACAUUGAGCAGUUCUCCACGGUGAAAGGUGUCAAUUUGGAUGCCACCGACGAUACCUUUUACAGCAAAUUCAAUACCGGCAGCGUAUCCAUUCCAUGGCAGAACGAGAUGAUAGAGACUGAGUGUUUUAAGGAACUGAACGUGUUAGGUCCUAACAACACACCUACUCCUGAUCUGUUGAUCAACCAUCCGCCACCGAAUAACGAGAACAGAGGCUGUUUCCCAUUCCGAAGACAGAAAAAGCAGAGUGCUCGUACAAGACAGAUACCAUUAUCAGAGUGCCAUCUGUUGGAGUUGUCACAGAGCCAAAACUCGGAGAUGCCAGCCAGCUGAUCCAAGAUGAACGCGAGUAGUGUGAAUCAACCGACGUCGUCGUCCGUGCGACGUCGUCGUUGCGGACGACGCCGACGGGCGCUCAAAUGCUGCCCGAAGCUGCUUUAAGACAGGAAACAGAACAAGAACGAAACAGCUCCGUGACAUUGGCGCCGAUUUUUGGUGUGCAAUCCCAUAAGAUUCGCACUCAUGUAUAAGAGUGCUGGCUGAGAGGAGGCACUGUCAGCUCUGUAAGCACACUGACGCAUGUUUUCUCA